AUGUCGACAGAGAAAGGCAUUCCCGACGGCGCAGAUGCUCCUAAGAGUGACAAAAGUAGCAGUAGUGAUGCUGCUGCCGUUCCUCCUCUGACCGAUGGCGAGGUGAACCCCAAGUCCAGCCGCGAGGCGGAUCGGAACAGGCACCUCGAUCAGUCUCUUGCUGGAGUUCUCGUCACAGACGACGCAGUCGCUGCCACGGCCGAAGCCCUCCGAAAAUCGCUUGUCCGCAAGUACGACAUACGUUUGAUGCCCGUUUGUUUUACUACUUUCCUCUUUUUUUUUCUCGACAAAGCCAACAUCGCCCUUGCUAGGAUCAAUGGACUUGAAGAGGACCUCGGGUUGACAUCAGUCCAAUUCAACAUAGCCCUGAUGCUGUUCUUCAUCCUGAACAUCCUUUUCAACAUCCCUGGCAAUCUCGCUCUACGCCAUGUCGGAGGCGGCAACUGGCUGCCUCUGCUCAUUGUCUCUUGGGGAAUCGUUACUACCCUCACCGGCUUUGUAACCAGCUUCGCCGGCCUUUGCGUCACCCGCGUCUUCCUAGGCCUUGCCGAAAGCAGCUUCAUGGGCGGCGUUCUUAUAUACUUGGGCUUCUUCUACACUCCGGACGAGCUGAUCUCACGGGUCGGCAUCUUUUACUCGAGCGCCCCUCUCGCUGGCUCGGUUGGUGGCCUGCUCGCCGGCGGGCUUGGUCGCGUGAGACUCAGCGGCUACAACGGCUGGCCGUGGAUUUUCUUCGUCGAAGGCGUCCUCACCGUCAUCCUCGGUAUCGUCUCCUACUGCUUCCUCCCGAAUACGCCCCGCGACACCAGCUUCCUCACCGACCGGGAACGUACCCUUGCCUUGCGUCGUAUGCACAGCCAGGACCGCCAAUACUACUCGAACGUGUUCGUUGCCAACGAUGCAGACUUCCGAUCGACAGUCAACCCUGACGAGAAGCCAGCAAAAGACCAUCUGCAGUUCAAGACGGUCAAGCGUGCCAUCUUCAACUUCAUGACCCUUAUCAUGAGCAUCGGAGCCUUCUUCUCCAUCGAAGCCAUCUACUCAUACGCCCUAUUCCUUCCGACAAUCAUCCAAACUAUGGGCUUCAAAUCGCUUCAAGCCAGCCUCAUGACAGUGCCUCCCAACUUUGUCGGCUUCCUCUUCACCCUGGGCAUCUGCUACUGGAGCCGCCGCAUCAGACGUACCGCACUUCCUCUGAAUGUGUGCUGCAUCCUUGGCAUCAUCGGCUUCAUUCUGCUGCUUGUUGGUGGACAGACGGGCCGCGGACCUAUGAAUGUUUCAGCGCCUGUUCAGUAUACCGGCACGUUCUUCGUUGCCAUGUCAGUGAAUGCGCUGCCUCCGCUGGCGUUGACGUGGAUGACAAUCAACGCAAGGCCUCACUACGUUCGUGCGAUCGCAUUAGGACCGAAGCACCAGCGCUUGCUAGCCAUUGGUAUCAUCACGCCCCUCUGGAUGCGCUCUGAGAAUCACAAGCGCGAUCGAGGUGAGCGGGAUCACCGCCUUGACGAGGCGCGAUGGGUCGCUGCUGGGCAGACGAAGGAGCAGUACGAACUGCAGCUUGGAUGGCUGCAUCCGGGCUACCGAUACAAGAUCUGA